AUGUCAGUGAACAUUUCUACUGCAGGAAAAGGUGUGGAUCCAAAUACAGUUGAUACUUAUGACAGUGGCGAUGAUUGGGAAAUCGGGGUUGGAAAUUUAAUAAUUGAUUUGGACGCUGAUUUGGAGAAGGACAGACAGAAAUUUGAGAUGAAUAAUUCCACCAACACCACUAGCAGCAGCAGCUCUAAGGAUUGUGGAGGUCCGGCCUCCAGUGGGGCCAGUGCUACAGCAGCCUUAGCUGAUGGCCUAAAAUUUGCUUCUGUUCAGCCCUCUGCUCCCCAGGGGAAUUCACACAAAGAGACCAGCAAAUCAAAAGUGAAAAGGAGUAAAACUUCUAAGGAUGCUAAUAAAUCUCUGCCUUCUGCUGCCUUGUAUGGGAUUCCCGAGAUCAGCAGCACUGGCAAGAGGCAGGAAGUCCAAGGGCGCCCUGGAGAGGCAACUGGCAUGAAUUCAGCGCUGGGUCAAAGUGUGAGCAGCGGCGGCGGCGGCGGCGGCGGCGGCAGCAACCCAAACAGCAAUAGUACCAGCACCAGCACCUCCGCUGCCACCGCGGGGGCAGGCUCCUGUGGGAAAAGCAAAGAGGAGAAGCCAGGUAAAAGCCAGAGCAGCCGAGGCGCCAAGCGGGAUAAGGAUGCGGGGAAAUCCAGGAAGGACAAGCACGACCUCCUGCAGGGCCACCAGAAUGGCAGUGGCGGCCAGGCCCCUUCCGGGGGGCACCUCUAUGGCUUUGGGGCCAAGAGCAAUGGAGGUGGCGCGAGCCCCUUCCACUGCGGGGGCACUGGGAGUGGCAGCGUCGCGGCUGCAGGGGAAGUUAGCAAAAGUGCUCCGGAUUCAGGGCUCAUGGGAAACUCUAUGUUGGUAAAGAAGGAAGAGGAGGAGGAGGAGAGCCACAGGCGAAUCAAGAAACUGAAAACUGAGAAGGUUGACCCCCUGUUCACAGUGCCAGCACCACCGCCACCGAUUUCCAGCAGUCUCACGCCUCAGAUUCUACCCUCCUACUUUCCCCCAUCCUCAUCCAAUAUUGCAGCACCAGUUGAACAGCUUUUGGUUCGGACUCGUUCUGUGGGUGUCAAUACGUGUGAAGUUGGAGUAGUGACAGAGCCAGAGUGUCUGGGGCCCUGUGAACCUGGGACCAGUGUGAAUUUGGAAGGGAUCGUGUGGCAUGAAACAGAAGAAGGUGUCCUAGUGGUCAAUGUCACGUGGAGGAACAAAACUUACGUGGGGACCCUACUGGACUGUACCAAGCACGACUGGGCCCCUCCCAGGUUUUGUGAGUCACCGACAAGUGAUCUGGAGAUGAGAGGGGGCCGGGGCAGAGGGAAGAGAGCAAGGUCUGCCGCGGCGGCCCCUGGCUCCGAGACCAGCUUCACCGAGUCCAGAGGGCUUCAGAGCAAGAACAGAGGAGGGGCCAAUGGGAAAGGGAGGCGGGGCAGCCUCAACGCCAGCGGACGAAGGACACCCCCAAAUUGUGCAGCCGAGGAAAUCAAAGCCAGUCCUUCUUCUACCAACAAAAGGAAAAACAAGCCUCCAAUGGAGCUGGACCUGAACUCCAGCUCUGAGGACAAUAAGCCUGGGAAGCGGGUCCGCACAAAUUCUAGAAGCACCCCCACCACCCCUCAAGGGAAACCAGAGACUACUUUUUUGGACCAAGGCUGCUCCUCUCCAGUGUUAAUCGAUUGCCCCCACCCGAACUGCAACAAAAAGUACAAGCACAUCAAUGGCCUGAGGUACCACCAGGCUCAUGCACACUUAGACCCAGAGAACAAGCUGGAGUUCGAGCCUGACAGUGAGGACAAGAUCUCAGACUGUGAGGAAGCCUUGAGUAACGUGGCCAUCGAAUGCAGCGAGCCAAGCACAAGUGUGUCAGCUUAUGACCAGGUGAAGGCCCCCACCUCUCCUGGUGCUGGAAACCCCCCUGGAACCCCCAAGGGAAAGAGAGAGUUGAUGAGCAACGGCCCAGGUUCUGUAAUCGGUUCGAAGGCAGGAAAGAAUUCAGGCAAAAAGAAGGGCCUCAACAGUGAACUGAACAACCUUCCAGUAAUUUCCAACAUGACGGCCACAUCAGAGGGUUGCUCAGCGGCAGAUGGCAGUUUGGCUGCAGAGAUGCCCAAACUGGAAGCAGAAGGACUGAUUGACAAGAAAAGUUUGGGCGAUAAAGAAAAGGGCAGAAAAGCUAACAACUGCAAAAUGGACAAAAACCUCUCUAAGCUGAAAAGUGCCCGGCCCAUCGCCCCUGCCCCAGCCCCCACACCCCCCCAACUAAUUGCGAUACCUACUGCAGCCUUUACGACUACCACCGCGGGGACAAUACCUGGACUGCCCUCCCUCACAACAACUGUGGUCCAGGCCACACCAAAGAGUCCUCCAUUAAAACCCAUCCAACCAAAGCCCACCAUUAUGGGAGAGCCCAUCACCGUGAACCCAGCUCUGGUGUCACUCAAGGACAAAAAGAAAAAGGAGAAGCGAAAGCUAAAGGACAAAGAAGGAAAAGAGUCAGGAAGCCCCAAAAUGGAUGCUAAGCUGGGGAAACUGGAGGACUCCAAGGGGGCUGGCAAAGAUUUGUCUGGGCAUUUUUUAAAGGACCAUCUCAACAAGAAUGAAGGGCUGGCUAAUGGACUGUCAGAAUCUCAGGAGAGCCGCAUGGCCAGUAUCAAAGCCGAGGCUGAUAAGGUCUACACGUUCACAGACAACGCUCCCAGCCCUUCCAUUGGGAGUGCCUCAAGGAUGGAGUGCAGCGCUCUGGUGAAUGGACAGGCGCCAAUGGCACCACUGCAUGUGUUGACCCAGAAUGGGGCCGAGAGCUCAGCGGCAAAGACCAGCAGCCCCGCCUACUCAGACAUAUCCGAUGCUGCCGAUGAUGGUGGAUCGGACAGCAGGUCAGAGGGCAUGAGGUCAAAGGCCAGUUCCCCAUCAGAUAUCAUUUCUAGUAAGGAUGGUGGUGUUGUAAAAGGGCAUUCUUCAGCUACAGCACAAUCGUCUCAACUGAAAGAGUCCCAUUCUCCCUAUUACCAUGGCUAUGAUCCUUAUUAUUCUCCAAGUUAUAUGCACCCAGGACAGGUUGGCGCCCCUGCAACGGGGAACAGUGGGAACACACAGGGAAUGAAGAUCAAGAAGGAGUCUGAAGAAGAUGCAGAGAAGAAAGACAAGGCAGAGCAGUUAGAUGCUAAGAAAGUGGACCAUAAUUCUGCAUCCCUGCAGCCUCAGCACCAGUCAGUGAUCACACAAAGACACCCGGCCCUGGCUCAGUCACUUUAUUAUGGCCAGUAUGCUUAUGGACUCUAUAUGGACCAGAAGUCUCUGAUGGCCACCAGCCCUGCCUACAGACAGCAAUAUGAGAAGUACUAUGAGGACCAGAGGCUGGCAGAGCAGAAAAUGGUCCAGACUGGGAGAGGAGACUGUGAAAGGAAAACGGAGCUCCCCUUGAAGGAGCUGGGCAAGGAGGACAGUAAGCAGAAAAACUUGCCAUCAGCCACAAUCUCAAAAGCUCCCUCUACUCCAGAGCCUAACAAAAACCAUUCUAAAUUAGGGCCAUCAGUGCCUAAUAAAACUGAGGAGACAGGUAAAUCGCAGCUUCUCUCCAAUCACCAGCAGCAGCUACAGGCCGACAGCUUCAAAGCUAAGCAGAUGGAAAACCACCAGCUUAUUAAGGAGGCUGUAGAAAUGAAGUCUGUCAUGGACUCUAUGAAGCAGACAGGUGUAGACCCAACCUCGAGAUUUAAACAAGAUCCAGAUUCAAGGACAUGGCAUCAUUAUGUGUACCAACCCAAAUAUCUGGAUCAACAAAAGUCAGAAGAACUUGAGAGAGAGAAGAAAUUAAAAGAGGAUAGUCCUAGGAAAACUCCUAACAAGGAGAGUGGUGUGCCCAGCCUUCCUGUAUCAUUAACAAGCAUUAAAGAGGAGCCCAAAGAGGCCAAGCGUCCUGACUCUCAAUCAAUGGAAGAGAAUAAGUUGAAAAAUGAUGAUCGGAAAACACCUGUGAAUUGGAAGGACUCUCGGGGGACGAGAGUGGCUGUGUCCUCACCCAUGAGUCAGCAUCAGUCGUACAUACAGUACUUGCAUGCUUAUCCUUACCCACAGAUGUAUGACCCCAGCCACCCUGCAUACCGGGCUGUUUCUCCUGUCCUAAUGCACAGUUACCCUGGGGCCUAUCUCUCUCCAGGAUUUCAUUAUCCUGUUUAUGGGAAGAUGUCAGGGAGAGAAGAGGCAGAGAAAGUCAAUACCAGCCCCAGCAUCAACACGAAAACAACCACUGAAUCUAAAGCACUGGAUUUGCUCCAGCAGCAUGCCAACCAAUACCGCAGCAAGUCUCCUGCCCCUGUGGAAAAGGCCACAGCUGAGCGGGAACGAGAGGCAGAAAGGGAACGGGACCGACACUCRCCCUUUGGCCAGCGGCACCUACACACGCAUCACCACACCCACGUUGGCAUGGGUUAUCCGCUAAUCCCUGGUCAAUAUGAUCCUUUCCAAGGCUUGACCUCUGCUGCCCUCGUUGCCUCUCAGCAGGUGGCUGCCCAGGCAUCUGCAUCAGGAAUGUUUCCUGCACAAAGAAGAGAAUAACAGGAUUGGAAGUGUACGGUGUCAUGUGACUGGAUCACAUGGGGAAGCGCUUUAUACAGACAUCAGUUCCAUGGUGUUAAUUUGAAAUGCCUUAAUGGCAGGCAAA